ACCAGUUCCCGACCAUGGAAACUCCGCAAGCCUCGCACCCGCGCACGUCGUGUGCAUGCCGGGCGUGCGAGACGCGCUAGUUAACCCGAUCGCCGUCUCCGGAGCCACGACCGAUCACCCGACCCGAGCGCCAACGUGAGAUCCGCACAGAUCGACCGGCCGACGGUGAGCAGCCAGAAUCAGCAGGGCGCGCGAUGGCGGGCGUCUUCUGGGGAGGCGGGAGGGCGGACGAGGUGGCCGACUUCGACGAGUACGACCCCACCCCCUACGGCGGCGGCUACGACAUCGCCCUCACCUUCGGCCGCCCGCUGCCGCCCUCCGAGGAGACCUGCUACCCGAUCUCCACCGCCACCUCCUCCGCCUCCUCGUACGACCGCCCCCAGCAGCACGGUGGCCGCAGGCCCGGGGCCGAGGAGUCCCACGGGCCCGCUGCAGGGUACGGCGGCGGCGGCGGGUACGCGAGGCGGCCUCAGCCUCACGAGGAGGAGACCCACGGCUCUGUGGGCUCUGGGUACGGCUACGGGAGGAAGGGACACGACGACGACGACGACGAGCAGAAGGCGUACCGAAAGCCGAAGCCGGCGUACGGGGACGACGAUGACGACCACCAGGCGUACCGGAAGCCGAAGCCGUCCUACGACGGGGACGAGAGGCCCAGCUACGGCCGAAAGAAGAAAGGGGACGACGAUGACUCCGAUGACGACGACAAGAGGAAGCCGCGCUACAAGAAGUACGACGACGAUGACUCCGACGACGACAAGAAGAAGCGAUACGAGAAGAACAACCGUCGCCGCUACUAUGACGAUGAUUAAGCCAUACGAUAAUCUCAACCGAUUGAUGUUUAAUUAUCAUCCCUUCACUGCGCAUCGACUGCUGGUAGUAAAUAAGGUUAGGGGUCUGCUUCUCACAAGCAAAGCAUCCCUCAUGUCUUUUUGCUUUUCUUUUCAACUUUUCUGCUGUUCUGGCCACCCCGAACUUUCUUUUUUCCUGAUGGAAACGUUUUUUGUGUUUCUGAUUCUUUCGGAAUAAAACUAUAGUAAUUUGC